CGUAUAUACUAACGGGAUAGGCAACUGUAUGCUUUUCUAUAGGAUUCUGGGCGAAGUCUCGCACCUCACGAGAUGUUACGAGACUUUUCCAUUUUAAUCGGCGCCAUUUUGAAUUUAAAUCGAGAGUGUGAAUCUGACUGAUAUUUUCAGCAAAUAAAGCCGUUAAUUGAUGGUAUUGAAGACCGAGAAGUUAUUAGCGACAUGAGAAAUGCCUCGUCUCAAACGUAGAAGUGGUUCCAUUUGUCAAAGGAAAAAGUACCAUUCCAAGAGACAUCGAAGUCAGAGCGUGUCCGAUAAUUGCGACUCCACAUUCUCUGAGAGUACAGCAGAGCCUCAUGUGGACCAUGACUAUUUAUCUCAAGCAGCCCAACCCUCAGACCAUGAUUAUAGUGCACUCUCAGCCCGACCUCCGAACCAAGACUAUUCAUCCCAGACCCUGGACCACUGUUGUUCUACAGGACAGAUCACCACUGACAUUAUUUUGUCAACUGAAACUGUGCCUGUUGAGAAUGUGACUGCUGAUUUUCUUGUGUCUGAAAGUUUGUCUGUAUCUGCAGAGGAAAGUGAAAACCCCCUAAUCAAACUUCAAGAAAAUCUAGCUUCUCUUGUGUGCUCACCAUAUACUUUGACGUACAAUCAGCAACAACAUGCCAUAGAGAUUGUGGAGUUUUACCAACGUGAAGGAGCAACCCCCUCGGUGAAGCUGUGUGUUGUGAUAAAGAGUGACUUUCAAGUGGACAUAUAUGUGCACAGAACUUUAGUCCCACAGUCAAAUGAGUUUUGGAGUACACUUCCUAGACAGAUCAGCUCAGCAGAAGAUGUUUGCAACUUGCUUGCAAAACUUGAAACGUAUGGUGUAUGUGUUGGGAAUCCUGAUGAAGAGUUUCAUGAAAUCACACCUAUAGGAUGCGGAUUGUCUCACUCGGCAUCACAAGAAAUCUCUGCAUUUCGAGAAGGAGACUUUGGUGCUGUUCAGGGAAAUCUUGUUUAUAAUUCAACAAUACGCUCAGCAAAAUGUGACUUUCUAGUUCUUGGUGCCAGAUGUGUAAAUUGUUCUGGAUUGAGACGCCUUCUCAGAGAAAGGAAAUAUCGCAGAGAUGAACAGAAGAAAAGAGAAGUCACCAUGAGCAGCACCUACAAGCAUUCAGAUAUGACAAGGGAAAUGCUUUGUAAGAAGUUGUCAAUGCAGAAAGCCCACAUAAAGACAUUACAGACUGAAGUAGAGCGCCUGAAGAGAGAGAUGAAUGCAACUAUUGAGAAAGGCAUCAAACUUGAUGACGCGCAGAACCAUGAGAUGAAGGACCUGAUGGCCGUCUGCCAGGAUGACAUGGAACAAGAAUAUCCAGACCCUGGUUGUUAUCAAAGACUUUUUUGGGAGCAACAGAAGAAAUAUGAAAAACAUGGGAAACAUGGUAUGCGGUGGCAUCCAAUGAUGAUAAAGUUGUGCCUGUACUUAAGACAGAAAUCUUCAAAAGCCUAUGAGGCCUUAAGGGACUCCGGUUUUGUGCAAUUACCAAGCAUGCGGACCUUGUAUGAUUACUCCCACUACAUCGAGAGCAGGUUGGGGUUUCAGCCAGACGUUGCAAAAAUGCUGAAAGAAGAGUGUACGAAAAAAGACAUGUAUUCAGCGGAGCACAGAAGUUUUGUUGGAGUACUGUUCGACGAAGUGAAGAUUAAAGAAGAUCUUGUGUACGACAAACAUUCAGGUGAAAUUGUUGGUUAUGUGAACUUGGGUGAGAUCAGCAAUCAGCUAUAUGAACUGGAGAGAGUGAUACAGAAAAAAACACCAGCUGUUGCAAAGUGCAUUCUUGUGAUCAUGGUGAGAGGGGUUACAAGCGAUCUGAAAUUCCCAUUUGCAGCCUUUGCAACAGUUGGAAUUACUGCAGAUUUCCUAUACCCAAUUAUUUGGAAGGCCAUCUCCAUACUGGAAGUGACACUUAAAUUAAAAGUGCUAUUUUGUACCUGUGAUGGAGCAUCACCCAACAGAAGAUUUUUCAAACUUCAUGCCACAGACGGGGAACCAUUUACUCACAAAACAGUCAAUCCGUAUGACCCAACACGACACAUCUAUUUUAUAUCGGAUGUGCCACAUUUGAUAAAGACAGCCAGAAACUGUUUCAGCAAUUCCUACUCACACACAAAGUCAAGGUCCUUGUGGAAGGAUGGAAAGGACAUCUCAUGGAUGCACAUAGUCAGACUGUAUGAGGAGCAUUGCGAGCAAAACCUGUACACCCCCUGUCCAAAACUGACCCGUGGACAUAUAGACUUAACUGCCUUCAGCAGGAUGAAAGUCAGCUUUGCUGCUCAAGUGUUCAGUGCAACUAUUGCAAAUUCACUUGAAAUGCUCUAUGACGAAUCAGUGGAGGAGACGGUGAAGUUUGUUCGAACCAUGAACAAAUUUUUUGACUGCUUAAAUGUUAGAAACCCCUAUGAGGGAAGGAACAAACGAAAUCCAGAUUUGAAUGCGUAUACAAAUCCAGAAGAUGAAAGAUUGCAUUGGCUAGUAAAUGAUUUCUUAGAGUAUUUUGCACAAUGGAAACAAACUGUGGAUGACAGAGGAGAGUUCAGUGAAGCCCAGAAAGCUACAAUGCAACUUAGUCAUCAAACACUGACCGGCCUGAAAAUGUCUGCACUCUCUAUCACUGCCUGUGUCAGGUUUAUGUUGGAAAGAGGUUCCCAGUACAUCUUAACCAGUUUUUUUAAUCAGGAUCCUCUGGAACAACAUUUUGGACAUUACAGACAUAAAGUUGGAAGUAACAAUAAUCCUACAGUGUAUGAAGUGAAAAACAUUCUGACCCAGAUAAGAACUGUUGGCGCACAAGCACUGCCCUCAGCCCGUGGAAACUGCAAGAGAGACGAAAACAGACGACCUCGAACACUGGACCACACUCCAGUUCCAAGGAGAAAACCAAAGAAAUAA